UGACAUGCGCACUCGGCCCUGUUGUUUGCGUUUUGUUGACAAGCUGAGGCCUCGGUGUAAAUUUUGCUGAGCCUCCGUGUCUGCCAGGACGAAGACGUCAUGGAGGGCAUGGACCUGGACUUGGACCAGGAGCUAAUGCAGAAAUUCAGCUGCAUGGGCACGACGGACAAAGAUAUCUUAAUAUCGGAAUUUCAGAGGCUUCUCGGGUUUCAGCUUAACCCCGCUGGAUGCGCCUUCUUUCUGGACAUGACCAACUGGAAUUUACAGGCUGCCAUCGGAGCUUACUAUGACUUUGAAAGUCCUAACGUCAGUGCACCGUGCAUGUCUUUAGUGAAAGAUGUGACGAUCGGUGAGGGGGAAUCGGUUCCUCCAGACACAACGUUCACCAAGACCUGGAGGGUACAGAACACAGGCGCGGAGUCAUGGCCUCCAGGGGUUUCUCUGAAGUAUGUUGGGGGAGAUCAGUUUGGUCAUGUAAACAUGGUGAUGGUACGCCCUCUGGAUCCCCAGGAAAUGACAGAUGUCAGUGUGCAGAUGCAUAGCCCGGUGUCUCCUGGCAUGUACCACGGCCAGUGGAGAAUGUGCACAGCCACAGGACUUUUUUAUGGAGAUAUAAUUUGGGUGAUCUUGAGCGUAGAGGUCGGAGGUCUCCUUGGGGUCACACAGCAGCUGUCCUCUUUCCAAGCCGAGUUCAACACUCAGCCUCAUCGUAGCCUGGAGGGAGACUACAACCCCUUUGGAUCACCAGUGAAGAGCAAGUGCCCAAACAGCAACAACAACCACUUCCACAGCAGCAGCAUCGUCACAGAGGAACAUUUGCAGGGAAACCCAUGCCAGCUUCAGCAAGACCAGAAUGGACUUUCACACAGCUCUGUUGAUAUAGUAGCAAAUCAACUACAAAACAGUUUAUCAGUAGUCUCGUGCAACCAGAUACAGGAGCCUUCACCUUUUGGGAAUUCUUAAUCGUGGGACUUUUUACUCUAAAGGCGGACCUGAAUUGACCCCCUGGAAUCUGUCACACCACUUAAGCCCGGUACUCACUGUGUGGUUUUCGACUGCUUUGUGUCACACUGCGGACAGUAGAGAGGUGGCACACUACACGGGCCGAGAUUUCAGUGAGCCAGACUGCACGACGCCUCGCUCUAGCAGGACAUGCUCAUGUCACGAGCACACACGCCGAAAAGCCUACGUCACUAAAAACCGACCCAUCAACGAUGAAAAGAGAGAAAAAAAAAAGCGCCACCGCUAACACUUCUUUCAUUAGAGUUUGAACCGAACUCCUAACAGUGAUGGUUCACAUGUUCAUAUGUGUAGCCUCGGCUGUUGCAAAUGCUACUUUCUCGUUGUACUCUCAUCGUUAGUUUUUUGUGUCACUCCCUGGGUGUAUUUUUAUCGAUCGAUUGCAGACCAGGAUCGUAGAUUUGCUGAUGCAGCUUGAAGACUGUUGGAAGCUGGAUAGGGUCGUCAGAGUGCUCGAUAAGCUGUCAGCGGGCUGGUCACAAUGGAUGCCCACAAACCUGUAAAUCACCCUAAUUUUCACUGUUUUUCGUCACAACGAGAAAUUUUCCUACGGCGGCCGAAAAAAAACGCAGUGUGGCCCGGGCUUUAGAUGAAGAAGAGGCUUCAUGGUGGAGCUAAAAACACUUUAUGCAAACUACGGAGUCCCUUUGAGAAGCUGGAGGCCACCGCUCCUGACGUGCAGCUGAACCAACAUCCCUCUGUAUGCAUGCGUGAAUGCUAAGUUAAACAUGAGUGCAAUGAUUCUUUUGAGUGAACUCUCUUGUUUUUUUUUUUUUUUUUUUUUUUUUUUAGAUUUCUUUAAAUUUUUUUUUUAAAUUUAGUUGAAAAUCAAGCACAUGGAAUUGUGGUGAGCAGAAUGAGUGUUUUGAAAGCUUUGUGUGUAGACGUGUGUGGAUUGCGCAAUGUGGAAAAGAGACUUUGGAGUUAAAAGCCAUUAAUUUUGCCAACUGAUUCUCCAUUUUCCGCUCUGACUGCUGGUUUUGUUGAAUGUGUUUAAUACAAGGACAUCACGUGUUGGACCAGGUCAUCAAAAAAACGCCUUGAGCCUUAGUAACAGUGUAAACAUCAGGGGUGUUGAGAUGUGACAGACCAGCUAAAAUGACAAUAGGGACUCCUUUGGCUCACAAUUUGAACAGUAAACUGUUUUCUGCUGAUGAUCUGAUUGAUGAUGCAUGUUUGUUUUUAUUCUUGCUGUCAGACGUGGUCAUUGUUGUCACACAAGAAGUGUGUUAUUUUCUUUGUGUGGCGUCUGAAGUUUCCACUGGCCAGAAUGUGGGGUGAAUCAGUUGGCAUUCGACUCCCACAGCAGCACAUGUAUGCAAGUGAGGAGUUGCAAACAGAUGAAAACUCAUUUAUGUUUGAUGAAUGUUUGUAAGAUUAAAUUAUCACUGAAAGUUAAA